AUGACCGCAGAAGUGUCUUCAGACGACGCUGGCUUUUCGGCCAUGGAAACGGAGAUGAGCACCACCCCCUGGCCGCCCGCCGGAGACGGGGCGGGGGUGGGCGUCCCGGGCCAGCCGCCCCGCCGCUGGAAUUCGGACAGCCAUCCGAGUCGGCCCUCUGCCAGCGCUGGGGACCCGCCGCCUCCCGGGCGCACGAGCCGCCGGCCGCCUCCGGCUGUGCGCAAUCCCCGCCCAGCCGGGCUCAAAGCGAAAGGGAAAGAGAACGCGGAGUUCCGCCGCGCGCGCCGCGGCUUCUUCGCCGCCGCGGCUAUGCUCCGCCACGCGACACUCGGGGUGCCCCGAGACGCCGCCGCCGCCGCCGCCACCGCGGGGCUGGAGAGCCGCCCGGGUGCCCCUUGCGCUGCCGGCUCUCCGCUGGCCCCGGUGGUCGGGCGGCGGCGGCGGCGGCGGCGGCUGCUGCUGCUGGUCCUGCUCGCGGUGCUCCUGGACGGGGCGGGUUCCUCCCCCGCGGCCGGCGCCUCGGAUCUCGGGACCGGUAAGUGUGGCCCACCUAAGCCAGUGGAGAAUGCGCACAUUGCAAAUGAGAGCAAUGGCAAGAGACUGCGAUACUCCUGCCUGAAGAAUUACAAAAGAAAAGCUGGCACGUCCAAUCUCAUCGUUUGUGAGCAAGAUGCAACAACGAAAGAAUUUAAAUGGAGCACACCGCAGCUGGUUUGCAUUGACCCUGCCGUAGAGAGCACAACUGAAGGCAGCACCCGAGAAGCUUCCCGACCUACAGAGAGCCUGUGUGCAAAUCCAUCGAUAGUCUCUGCUCAUCCCUAUGGAAGUCAGACCAUCUCACCAGUAAUGGAAACGUCAAGUGUUGUCCACACGCCGCAUAGGACAGCCAAGCCAUCCUCAGAUAGCCCUGUGCCAGCAGUGACUGCUACCCCUGGGGGUGGACGGUUUGCUCCUGGCACAAUUUCCGAAAAUGUGACCCUCCCCCAGAGAACGACGCCACUUUCCCAGGCCGAAACUAGCAAGACACAGUGGAUGCAACACCAGACUACAUCUGCGCCAUCUGAGGGAGCCCCUGGAAACACCACAGAACCACCCGACACAAGCAUUUUGCAGAGCAUCACAGAUUCUGCUUACUUCAGAAUUGGAUUCCCUUUCUUAGCAGCAAUCCUAUCAACAGGCUUCAUGUACUACUGUGGUUGGAGAAGACGAUGCAAUUUUUCGCAGCAGCCCAAAGUCCCCCCUGUGGAAUUGAUCCCAAUAGACCCCAUGGGACCAGAAGAAGGAAGACUACCAUCAACCAGCAAUUCCCAGGAUCCAGGACCAGUUAAUGAAGAAGAUCCAAUGCUAUCACCCCACAGGAUUACCUCCACCGGCUGAAUGAUCCCACUGGGCAGAUGCUCAAGGCAUCUUCUAGCCCUGAAAAGGAAGUCAUCUGCAUGAUGUCCAGAGUCAUGUUGGAAAUGGUGUCCAUCCAUCUCCUGUUGCAAAGCCUGGAAGGAGGCUGGAAAUCGCUUUUGGACUCCUCCAGUUGUCCCUGGCUUGUGGGGAUAGAAUCCAACAGUUGUAUCUGUGUGAGAGGAGGCUGAGCAUGAGAUGAGAGAAAGAGGUCGGAAGAACAUGUGAAACUGAGUUGGAAAGGAUGGGGAAGCAAUGCCCUGGAGAGGCAUAUGUGGAGAAGAGGAGACAAUGGAGAAUUGAAUGGGGCAGAAGCUUCACCUGCAUACGUUGGAGAAGUAAGGUGAGCUGAAAUACAUAUUGCUUUUCUGUUAUGAUUCAAAGGCAGUCAAUGC